AUGGAUCCCAGCCAGAUGAUGCCCCGUAGCUUCCCCAUGUGGCCGCCGCCGCCCCCGCCCGCCGCCUCCGACGCCAUGCCUCCCCCGCCGCUGCCGCUGCCCCAGCCCUUCCUCGCCCCGCCCCAGCCCAACCGCGGCUGGAAGCGCAAGAACAACCCCAACAACAACCCCAACCUCGCCGGCGGCGGCGCCUACCAGCCCCCCGCCAUCGGCGACCUGCAGGUGCAGAACCGCGCCAAGGCCCGCCGCUGGUUCAACAACCCCAACAACGCCGGCGGCGGCGGCAACCCCAACAACGCCGGCGGCCGCAAGUACUUCUUCCCCAAGUCCAACAAGGGGGGCAACAAGGCCAAGGCGCCGCGCAACACCACCUCCUUCAUCAUCCGGGCCAAGCGGGCGGGGGGCAUCGCCUCGCUCGUCUCCCCCUGCCCCGUCACCCCCGCCGUGCUCCCCACCCCGCGCAUCUCCCCCUCCCGCGAGGGCCUCUCCGACAUGGCCCAGCAGCAGUGGGGCGUGGACGGAUACGGCUCCAUGAAGGGCCUCAUCCGCCUCCGAGCCUCCUCCCCACGCCACCCCGACGCCGAAGGGGAUGACGACGACUCCAGCAGCGGCAGCGACGUCGAGGAGCACGUCGAGGUCGAGCGCCGCCUCGACCACGACCUCAGCCGCUUCGAGAUGGUCUACCCCGGCGGGAUGGCCAACGGAGCCGCCGGCUACGUCUUGGAGGACCUCGACGAUGAGUACGACCAGGACGUGCACGUCGCCAGGCUCGAGGAGGAGAACCUGACUCUCAAGGAGAGGCUCUUUCUCAUGGAGCAGGAGGUCGGUGACAUGAGGCGCCGUCUCGAGGCCAUCGAGGCGCGCUUUGCAGGGGCCGACGGGGUUGCUGCUGCUGGCAGCGCCGACAAUGCUGCUCUUGUCCUCCAGCAGAGGGCUGAUGCUGAUGCUGAGAAUGGCGUUGAUGCCGCGCCUGUUGCAGGCGAUGCUGUAAUUGUUUCUCUGGAAGAUGCUAAUGCUAAUGCUUCUGGUGCUGAAAAUGCUAAUCUACUUGAGAAAGCGAAGGGUGAUGCUGCCUCUGCUUCUGAUGACACUGUUGAGGAUGCUCUGAAGAUUGACACUGAGAUGGAUGUUGCUGCCUCUGCUUCUGCUAACGCAGUUGAAUUUGCUCUGAAGAAUGACACUGAGAUGGGUGUUGCUGCCUCUGCUUCUGCCAACGCAGUUGAGUUUGCUCUGAAGAAUGAUACUGAGAUGGGUGAUGCUGGCAACUUGGUUGAGGAGGCUCUGGAGAAUGUCACGGCGAUGGCUGAUGCCGUUUCUGGUGCUGAUAAUGCAGUCAAGGAGUCUGACAUGAACAGGGGUGAUGUAGAGCAGGAGAAAAGUGGUGAGGACAUGGCCGGUGCAGGUUCAGAGAAGAAUGCAGAGAUGGCUGAUACUACUGGAAGUGGAGAGGAAGAGGGCAAGGAGCAGGCCUGA